AUGGAAUUGCAACGUCAGCCAAGACCUAAAACUGAAGGGUUCUGGAUUGAUGUUUUUCCAUAUUUAGUAGAUGGAGUAGGUUAUAAUUCUUUUAGGCAUCAUUUUAGUAUAACUCUUACAACUUUUCGUACUAUUGUGACUCGAUUAGAAAUCCAUCAAGCCUUUACCCUAGACGCCUCUAAUGCAACACCUGCAUUAAAACAAAUUGCCAUGCCAUUAUAUUAUGGCGAUUAG